AUGCGAACCCCUACAGGUGCACGCUACAAGCUGCAUCGUCUGUCUAGAGAGAAAGGGUUACCCUUCCUCUCCUGGGGAGACUCGUGCCCAUGUUGUGUGAACAACUCUGCACGAGCACCUAAGGAGGCUUACCUCCCUGAUAGCCCGUGGUGGCGCGUACGUAUCUCUAGUGAGAUGUACGAAGGGAUUGACAACCUGAAAUCCCUUUACGACCGUGCCGGGAAGACUUUCUCCGGCGGUCCUUCUGCGGCACAGGAUGUGCCGUAUCGUACUGCUCGACCAGACCCAGCACGUCAACCAUCAUUUGGGAGCGGGGCUCCCAAGUAUCCCAGGACGGAGGAUAGCCGCGCCACCGGACGAGAUAACUCGUCCGACGUCCGUUCACGUCGCGGUGGUUCAACAGCUGCUCAACUAGAUAGCGCUGGCCACCGCGAGAGUCCUCUAAUGGAGGUGGAGGAGGAGGGAAGACGCUCUCCACACAAUUGUGGGGAAGCGUGUGUUCCCGAGAGCUUCUUUGAUCGCGUAACGCAAGGGUUACGCGGCGGUCUCGAACAUGAGCGGGACAGGCGUCUCCAACUGGCGGACACUGUCUUGAAGCACUGA